CACUUCCGCCCGCGCGCGUCGUGUCCCUGUGGACGGCUGGGCCUCGCUGCGGGCCUGCGCCUCCCUCGGCUCUUGCCGCGGGUCUCGGGGAGUGGGGUGGAGGAUGUCUAUGGAUGUGACAUUUCUGGGGACAGGCGCAGCAUAUCCAUCCCCAACCCGGGGUGCCUCUGCUCUGGUCCUUCGGUGUGAAGGCGAGUGCUGGCUCUUUGACUGUGGGGAGGGAACCCAGACACAGCUUAUGAAAAGCCAACUUAAAGCAGGGAGAAUUACUAAGAUCUUCAUCACGCAUCUUCAUGGAGACCAUUUCUUUGGCCUUCCUGGCCUCCUCUGCACAAUCAGCCUGCAGAGUGGCUCCAUGGUCACCAAACAGCCGAUCGAAAUCUAUGGCCCUGCGGGGCUUCGGGACUUUAUCUGGCAAACCAUGGAACUUUCUCACACGGAGUUGGUCUUCCCUUAUGUGGUCCAUGAGCUGGUGCCUACAGUGGAUCAGUGUCCUACAGAAGAACUGAAAGAAUCUGUACACGUGAAUAAAGCAGACAACCCUCCCAAAGACGGACAGGGAAGAACUAUCGUGUUAGACUCAGAAGAAAACUCGUACCUCCUGGUUGAUGAUGAACAGUUUGUUGUGAAAGCAUUUCGCCUCUUUCAUCGAAUACCCUCCUUUGGAUUUUCAGUUGUGGAGAAGAAACGCCCAGGUAAACUCAAUGCACAGAAACUGAAAGAUCUUGGUGUUCCGCCAGGUCCUGCCUAUGGGAAGCUGAAAAAUGGAAUUUCUGUUGUUCUGGAAAAUGGAGUUACAAUUUCUCCCCAAGAUGUCUUAAAAAAGCCUAUUGUUGGAAGAAAAAUCUGCAUUUUGGGUGACUGUUCUGGGGUUGUGGAUGAUGGAGGAGUGAAGCUGUGCUUUGAAGCAGACCUGUUGAUCCAUGAAGCAACCCUGGAUGACACCCAGAUGGACAAAGCAAAGGAACACGGCCACAGCACGCCACACAUGGCAGCAGCAUUUGCAAAGCUGUGCCAAGCAAAGAGGCUCGUUCUGACUCACUUCAGUCAGAGGUACAAACCAGUUGCCUUGGCCAGAGAAGGAGAAACAGAUGGGAUCGUAGAGCUUAAAAAGCAAGCUGAAUCAGUGUUAGAUCUCCAAGAAGUGACUCUAGCAGAAGAUUUUAUGGUGAUUGGCAUUCCAAUCAAGAAAUGAAGCCAGUGUUCCUGAAUGCAUUCUGGUGUGUCUGUGAAUAUGUUACUGAACGAACAGUCAAGUUUGUUGUUGUCGUCGUCGUUGUCGUUUUGGUCUAAAAUUAUUUGGGUCCUAACAAUCCUAACAAGGAUGGAGCUGCACUGCUGAACUAACUCAGCAUUGAGAAGGGAGCAAGCUUUGUGAUAAUAGAUCACUUUAAAAAGAAUAAAGCCAGAAUCCUUCUUCAAGUCCACACUUGACAAAAUGAUAGACUGUUCAGGUGUAUAUGUUUUGUGGCUGCUGCCUCAGAGGGUAGCCAAUAUGCCAUGCAAUCCUGGGCUUAGCUUCUGCCCGGCUUUAUUGCUGUUGUUGGCAAAGCAGUAGCAGGGCUUGGCCCUCCUGGCUAAAAAUGGUAUUUUGGCAUUUUGUGUUGAAUCUGUUCAUGUUAUUAACAGAAUAGAGAGAAAUGUAAUGAGACAUUGGAUAUGAAGGAUUGAAGCUGGCACGUUAAGUCUUGAAUUCUUUGCUUGAAUACUGAGUGCAGAGUCAGGCUAGGUGUUUAUCCUCCAAUUACUAUUUUAUUGAACUUUCCAGUUUGCAUUAAACCUGUGGUUCUCAGUUGGAGGUGAUACUCUCCCUUAGAUGGAGUUUUGAAAUUGUGGGGAUGUCUCUUGUCAAAACUAGGGGGGGUUACUACUGGUAUUUAGUCAGUAGGGGCCAGGAUGCUAGAUCCUACAAAGUUCGGUCAGUCCUAAACAGUGAAGAAUUAUCUCGUCCCAAAAUGCAUAUUGCAGGCCUGUUGAGAUACACAGCAAGUUAAAACUUAUACUCCCACUGUGAAUAUACUUUAUAAAAAUUAGUGACAUACUGAACUAAACUACGAGGUAAGUCAAAUUCUACAACAAAUCCUAAAAAGCUAGCUAAGGGAAUAUGUUGGAAUUGGAACAUCUUAUCCAAUAUUAUUGGUCAUAAAUGAGCUAUGAGCUGGAGCUUAUGAAUCUGGAGGUUAAAAAAUGAUACCUGUCCAACUUGCGUUUACACUUUCCAAUAAAUAAUUCUUUGAGCACAAUUUUAGUAAAUGUUCUUUCUAGAAUAGCUUUUCUUCAUGAGUUGCCUUCCACCUGCCUUCUGUCUUUCAUGGGGUAUCUCGGACUCAUUUUCCCACAGUAUUUCUCAAAAUGUGUUAAUGGAGAGGUAGUCUCAAGUACUGAUUCAGUCAAAAGGCUUCCCUCAUCAAAUCAGUCUGGGAAACCCUGUGUGCUGUGUGUCCCUCCGGCAGAGUUCUGGUUCCCAUCAGUACAUUCAAAACAGCACUGCUUCAGGGAUCACCAGCCAGUCUUUGGUGCCAGAAGGCCCUGAUUUCAGAGUCCCAUUCUUUACCUCAUGAUGGUCCUGUGUGCUCUGGAGCAGAUGACUUACUCUCUGAGCUGCUCAUCUCUAAAAAUGGGAAAAAUAAGAAUAAGACAGUGAGAAAUUGUCACUGAAAAAUAAGACAGGGAAAAAAUUAAAUAAGACAGUGUAUAAAAGGAGCAUAGCACAUUGCUUCAGGGCAUAAAGUCCUAAAGUACAGAGGCCUGUCAACUCUAUUGAACCCCUUUCUGAGUCAUAUUUCACCGUAUAUUAUCUAUUAACAUCUCAAGAACCUAUGAGUUUAUUGUACACUUAUUCAGAAAUACUGUCAUGGUGUAUACUAUUAAACUCCUUUGGGUCCUGGGGCUUUUCUAGUAAAAAUUGACUCCUGGAUGGGUCUGGAAUCCCUAGAGUAAUGAUAAUCAAGAUGGGUCUAGUUACUCAGUAUCUCAGUCAUUCUGAAGCAGUCUCCAGAGUGGUCUGACUCAGCCCUGCUCUAGGCUCCCGGCCUGCCAAGUACCAAAGGUGACCAGACCUAAAGUGUAUCUUGACUUCUGAACUCAAUUCAAACAAGCAUUUAUUAGAUACCAGUGGUGUGCCAAAACCUGUACAAGAGGGAAUGGCUAGUACUAGUACCUCUAAUGCCUGGAGCUCUUGUGGAUAAAGAUUGUAUCUUAGUCACCUCUGCAUUCUUGGAAAUACCCACCCGUAGUAGGCACUCAGAAAUGUUUAUUGAAUGAAAUGAGGCCUUGAUGUCAUGCAUGCACAAAAUUUAUGACCUAAAGUUUAGAACCUGUGCCUAGCCCAUUUUAUGACUGUAUUUGUCCAAAAUUUUUAGCUGCCUGAUUGGUGGUACCCCAUUCACUGCGUUGGGAGUACAUAAAUGAAUAUAAGACAGAAUUUCAAGCUCACUGUCUUAAGUGCUGAAGACUGAUAGGUAAAUAUCAGUAAAUAUGCAGUUCCUUCAAGUGUUUCUGAUUUUAUAGCCUACCACUCCAUUUUGCUGUUCCUGAGCGUUCCUUGAGAGCUGACUUGAGCUCAAGCCCUUAGAAUCAGGCUCUAUUAGUAUGUGUGGGCUAAGCCCUCAGAGAACAUGAUGUGGAACGAAUUGAUAUGUUGGAUUAAGUGUAGGGUAUCAGUUCAUGGUGAGAGUUCUUUCUUGGACUCUCUUCUGGCCUAGAAUUUGUUCUUAAUGGUAGAACACAUUCUAAGAAUUUGUGGAGCUAGAAUUAAGAGUGAAUCUUAAAUUGGAUUUCCUAGAGCUUGUAAUUUGUUCAUGGUUAUGUGACUCCAGAUGGGAUUAGAAUAUGUGGUGUUCCCCAAAUGUAUUUGAUCACUGAAUCCUCUUUUGCCAAGGAGCAUCUUGGAACACUGAGAAAUGCUGUUUCUUAAUACUUCUGAAAAGUAUUAUAUUUAUAAUUUUUACCUGGACAAUUUAUUGAAGUAAUAAGUUCCAUAUCUACACCGAGUAUAGUAUUUUCUUUGUCUUAAACUGACUUUCCCAUUGUCAGGAAUUCAUAGGUUCUUGCUUACUUUAAAUAAAUAUGCACUUUCUGUUUCUCUAAAGGUAUUUAGACUUGCCCAAAUACACCCCAAAUCAUCUUUGUUUUCAAAUACCCAUGCCUCAUUAAUAUACUUUUAAUAAACUUUUAAACAUAAAAGCAGCAUAUGCUCAGUAGUUAAUUUUUUUUAAAGAUUCAAGAAAAGAAGAUGAUUACUCAUAAUUCCACCAUCUAGAGAGCUACCGCCUUGGUCCAGUGAUCCUCAAACUGAGAUGUGAGUCAGUAUAACUCAAGGUAGUACAUAGGUGGACAGGGUGCAUAGGUAGCCAGAGAUCCUUGGGCUCUGAUUCCAAAGACUCUAAUUCAGUAGGUCUGGGGUGGAACCCAAGAAUCUGCAUUUUUAAAAAACCACCCCCAGGUGAUUCUGAAGUAUAUGAGUGGUAGAACACAUGAGGAGAAAAAGCUGUCUUUAUUUAUGCACUUUGAAAAAUUGAGGUGUAUAUAAAUAUUUUAUGUAUAUUUAAACAUGCUUAUAGAUCUAUGUAUAUUACACACAUGCAUAUUUUUACAUGUAGGUUGACCUCAACUGUUUUUCUCAUUUAACAUGAACAUUUCCUCACAGUAUUAACUGUUCUUUGAAAGCAUGAAUUUAAUGAUUUUAUAUUAUUCCAUUCUAUAGAGGUAAUAUAAUUUAUCUGUUUUCCUACUUUUGGGGCAUUGAGAUUGUUUUCCAUUAUUAUAAAUAAUAAUAUCAUGAAUAUUCCUGGGCAUAAAUCUUUGUAUCUCUGCGUAUUUCCUUAGGAUUGAUUUCUCUGAAGGUCAAAUCUGACUUACUGUUUUGGACUCUGGGUAAGAAUCUCCCACUUGUUUUCCAACUCAAACCGCAGCAGCAUGAGAGGCCUGUUUCACUACUCCAUUGACAGAUGAUAUUGAAUAUCAUCAAUUAAUGACUUUUCUAACACUUCUCUUCCAAGACAUUUGUCUUAUAAAGAUUAUUUUUGCCUUCUAGUGAAAAUAACUUUAUUAUGUCUUUCAACCACCACAUAUAAUUCAACUGUGAUUUCCUUGAAUAUUCUUAUGCCACCUUAAAAUCUGACCGUUCUUUCUUAAAGGGGUAAAAAUCCUUCCUGCUUCAAAUAUGUUCAUGACAGAUGUAACAGUGAAGGUAACUUUUGUCUUCACAAAGAUAUAAAUUUAUGGUGAAAUGUACUGAUUCUGUCCUUACUGACCGAUGGAUUUUUUAGGUACUGAAUGAGUCAAGAGUUAUUUUUUUUUUAUGGGGAGAAUAAAAAGGAAACGCUGGUGAUGUUCACUCUUUGGCAAGAUACGAAUAGAGUUUAAGGUGGGGUGCGGUGGGACAUGGGGUAAGAUUGAGAAAUUGUUUUCUUCCAUAGUACGAAGUAAAAAAUAAAGAGUACUUUAACCAUAUUAUGUUUUUUAAAAAGGGGCAGGUGGCAGUAAAUACUGGGUGAAUAAGAGUGGAGGAUCCUUAGCGAAAUGUGCAAGGGAUGUGGGGAGGGACAGGCAGAGGACUGUUUUAUAUAAGCCUAAGAGCCCUAGUACUAUUUGGUAUUUGGAACUACUUAUGUGUGUAUGUGUGUGUCAUUUAGUUUAAAAGUUACAUUAAAACACAUAAACAUAGAUAAGACCCUGCUCCAAAUAAUUAUGUCAGUUGGUGUCUCCAGAUGGGUGCCCCAGGCAGCUAACAGUUCCUUUCAAGAAUUUUUAACAUUCCGAUCCAUUCUCCAUACCACAGAGAGAUUUUUUUCAAAUGCAGAUCUGAGCCUAGCGCGCAGAUUUUAACGUUCUUGCCUUGCCCUCCCCUCCAAGCUAACCUUACUGAACGGCGCCACUCGUUUGUGCGGCCCUAGCCACGUGGGCCUUUAGUCCUUUGUCAGAGGCUCCUGUUGUUGCACAGUCUUGGCAUGGACUGCUCCCUGGGCCUGGACCCUGCUCCCUCAGCCUGGAGCGCUCUUCCUCCUCUCCCCAAGUUAACCCUUGCUGGGCCUUCUGCUCACAGCUCUGCAGUCACAUGCUCCUGGAAGCCUUCCCAGACUUCCCCACUAGGUCGCAUGUGACUCUCAACAGUACCGGCACCCCACAUUCCUGUUGCCUGUCACUUCGUAUUUUCAUUUUGUUCCUGUGAAUAUUCAGUUGAUGUUUCUCUUUCCCACUAGCACUGUAAGCUUCACAAGAGCAGAACUGUGUCUGACUUUGUUUCCCUUUGUGCCCUAGUGCCUAGCUCAGCCCCUGGAACAAAUUAGGCAUUCAAUAAGUAGUGGUGACUGGUUCAGUUUUCCUUGCCAUCCUGUUAUUCUAUAAGAUGCAAUACCUUGUUCUCCUAGGGAUUUUUCCUGAUUAAAGCAAAAAAAGCAAAAAUCCCUACCCUUAUGAGGCAAAUCUUUAUAAAUACUAAUUCUAAAGCUUUAGCUUGGUGUCCUAAGAUAUGCAGACAGAUAACCUAGAGUCAGGAAAGGGCUGGAAAAAGGAGUUUCUCUGCCUGAGAAAGUGGGAUGUUGGCCUUCGCUAUGCAUACGAAACUCAGAACAAAGGUAUAAAGAAUGAGGGAAGAAGGCCAAGCCCCAUGUGGGAGUCUGGAGCCCCAUGCAGGGUAGGGAAACGGUGGAAGAACCUUAAGGACACAGAGGUCUGAUGUUCAAUUUUAUGGUGGCUGUGUUGCUUGAAAGUAGACUUUCUUUGAAGUCUGCUGGACACAGGAUUUGGGGAUCUCAACACUUCACACCACCAAACUAGAACACGUUCUGAAUUCCAUGACUGGGUUGACGUGGGUGGGAAAAGGACAGCAGGAGUGAAAGAAUGAGACAAUCCCAAACUAAUAUGGUUCAGAAGGAGCAGAGUCAGAGGUGUGACCACGAGAACCUUCUCCCAGGAAUUUUCAGAAGAUGGCAAGGAGUGCACUGACCUUUACAUAACCCAUGGAAUUGGGAGGUAAUAUAGAGGGUUGAGCCAAUUUCACGUAUACCUUAAAGGACAGGGUAGCUCUAGCUGACACCUGGAUGCAGAUAUUUAGGUGCCCUCGACAGACUUUUUUUCU